AUGGAGCACGUUGGCAAGAUCAUCUUCUACGAGGACAGGAACUUCCAGGGCCGCUGCCAUGAGUGCAGCAGUGACUGUCCUGAGCUCAGCCCCCACUUCUCCCACUGCAACUCCAUCCGGGUGGACAGUGGGGCCUGGGUGUUGUAUGAGAGACCCAACUACAUGGGCUACCAGUACAUCCUGAUGAAAGGAGACUAUCCUGACUUCCAGCGCUGGAACGGCUUUAACGACACCAUCCGCUCCUGUCGCAUUAUCAGACAUCUGUCCUCCACAAACAGAAUUCGCAUCUAUGAACGUCCGGACUUUAGCGGCCAGAUGCUGGAGUUUUGUGAGGACAUGCCCAACCUGCUGGACCGCUGGCAUUUACAUGAGGUUCACUCCGCCCAUGUACUAGAUGGUUCCUGGGUCUUCCAUGAGCAUCCCAACUACAGGGGGCGCCAGUACCUUCUGGAGAGGGGCAAAUUCAGGAGGCACGCCGAGUGGGGGGCCCUGCAGCCCUCAGUGGGAUCCAUUCGUCGUGUCCUGGAAUUUUAG